AAAAUAACAGUAGCUCAUUUAAUUCUCCUCUCGCUCUACAAAUUUCAAAAUUCGUUUUUCGUUUUUCUUCAUGGAAGACGACGACCAUGACCACGGCUUCAGUUUUGGCUCCGUUUCCGCUCAAACAUUUCACUCUCCGUCUCUUGUUUCUGUUGCCGCAUUUUCCGCCAUUCCCUCGCCGUCGCCUCGCCGCCUCUCCUGCCAUUUCACCCGGCCCAGCCUGACGGUUCCGGCGGUUCCCAAGCUUGCUUGGGUGUCUUUAGAAGGACGCCUUGUAAACGCUGAAGAAGCCAGCUCGGCUAAAGCCAUAAAGGGUGGCCUGAGCCGAGAGGAAGCCGCGGCUUGGGAGAUGUUUACGCCCAUUCAGAGGUUCUUGAUAGUUGCCGUGAUCGGCGUCGCCACCGCUGAGUCGAAGAAGAAUCGGGUCAUUUCGCAACUCAAAAAAUCUGUUGAACUUAGGGAUCAAGUACUCCUGAGCAUGCAGCAGAAACUUGACAGUCUUUGUGAAGAAUUGUACUGUGCAAAAGACCUAAAAGAAAUGAAGGCCAAUAUGCCAUCUCAGGGGAAAGAAGAGUCAGCACCUGGUGAAACUUUUGGCGAGGAUAAAAUCAAUUUUGUUGAGUGUGGUUGUUGGCUUUGUGAUCAACAUCAUCACCUCUUUGAUGGGUUAAUGGGUAACUCUGCUGUGAAAGCUUCAAGUGGGGAUGAGAAUGAGAUGCUGCAGUACAAAAUGACUCAUAUGGAUGAGGUGGAACCGGAAGAGCGCCGCAUGUCUGAUUUGUCAGAUUGGGCUUCGAGCAUCACAUCAAGUCUAGAAGUUCAGAUUAACAACUUUGCAGUGGAACAAGAUAUCAGCAAUCUAAGGAAGGAGUGUGAAGAGAAGGAUGCCACCAUAAGGGAGCUAACUGAUUUUCUCCAGUCAUCUAACACGAAUGGUUCAAAGAGGAUCUCAGAGCUCGAAGACAUCAUAAGGAGGAAGAACACUAUAAUUACAAGACUUAGGAAGGACAUGGUGGUUUUAGAACAAAAAGUAGUGCAGUUGACUAGGCUUCAGAGACCUUCAACUGCAUCAGCCUCUCACAGUUGGCAAUUUCCAGUCAUGGCAGAUAACCUCCUUUAUGACAUGGAUAGUACUACAAGCCCUUCUUCUUCCGAUUCUGAUUCUCCCCCUGCAAAUCAACCAGAAGUUCCUUCUCCUAAAGUUCUUGGGACACCUAUUCUGAAUAUUGACUCUUCUUCGACGAGUAAACAGAAGUCAGUUCCACUGAAAUUCUCUAGUUUAUCGGUGAAGCCAACUGACUUGAGCACAAGCUCUCGUUGGGUUAGUCCCCUGACAGAAAUUUCUACAAACCAGAAUUCCAGUGCAGUUUCUUCUUGGAGGCAAAAGCAGCCAUCAGCAAGAGGUGAUAUCAAGAAGAGUAGAAGGCGGCCUCAAACUGCAUCAAAGGAUGCAGCUCCACAGAGAAAAUGGGUUUAGUUAAUGCAGUAAAACAGCUUGAGGAAGAUUCGUGAUGCAAAGUAUUUUCGCAAUUUGAAGGUGUAAGGCCUCCUGUCCUAAUAUGCCGAGGAGAUAAUUAAGGUGAAAGGCCUGGCACUGCUAUAUAUAUACAUAUUUGUUGCAAUCAUUGUUCUAGUUAGUUUCCGAAGACUCUCAGAGCUGUGAGAUUUCACAUUAGAUAUGGAUACAGUGGAUCUUCCUCUUCUAGUUAUAAAUUGCGAUCAUUUAGUUUUUAUUUGUUAUGAGACAAGAAUAGUCUCUCUGUAAUGAAACAUAAUAUAUGAUGUGUAGAGACCAAGUUUGGCCUAAACUGUGAAAUGGAACACAAGUAUAUGUAAAUUCAUAACCUGUUAAAUGUUACAAAAAUAAUUCAAUUAUCUUCGAA